UCAAGCCGGCGAGCGACGUCUCGCCGCGAGCCCGCCCUGUCCGGAACGACACGGACAGUCAAUGCAGCUGACCAGAUAAAGCGCAACCAUGCGGCUGGCAGGUUGCCUUCUUGGCAUCCUGUUCGUCCAGGGCCAGUCAUUGAAGUUUCAUCCCAAUGCUUCCAGCCUUGUGGCCUUGAGUCAGGCAGCGCCUGUCAACGCAACUGGUGGCAAGGCAGCGCCUGUCAACGCUACUGGUGGCAAGGCUGUGCAGUCAGGUCAAGAAGGGACCUUGGGCUUUGAUGUCUCAAAGAUGUCCGUGAAGCAGCUGGAGCCCUACAUGUGGAUCAUCGCCGCCUUCGCCUUGGCCUUCGCGGUGCUCUUCGAGCUCUUCCACCGACGCUUCGCGCAGACAGAUCUCAGCGUACAGCCCGACUGUGGCGCUGAGCAUCACGAGCAGCAGAUCUCUUCACUCUUCGCGGGCGUCUGGCCUUUGGUGAAGCCCUUCUUUCGGCAGAACUCUGCCUGGGGAUAUGUCUCAGCCAUCAGCGUGAUUGGCACCAUCAAUCUUGUCCUGGGAAUGCUCAUCAUGGUUUGGCAAAAGGAGUUCUGGGACACCAUUGAGCAGAAGAACCUCCCACGGUUCUGGCCGUUGUUGCUGGAUGUCAUGUUCCUGGCCUUUGCGCGCAUCGUCCUCUCCACAUACAGCGAGUACAUCGGCAUGAUGCUGUCCAUUCACUGGCGUCGCUCUAUGACCCAGUGGCUGAUCGGCCUCUGGCUGCAGGAUAAGUCCUUCUACCGGCAGCAGCUGAAAGCAGACGCUCCUGACAACCCGGACCAGCGCAUCCAAGAGGACGUGCGCAUGUUCGUAGAGCAGUCAAUGAUGCUGGGCACUGGGCUUGUCAUGGCGGUGGCGCACCUGAUCUCGCGCCUGCCAAUGCUGCUGCUUCUCUCUCCGACCUAUGCCUUUGGUCAGUUCUAUUGCCCGGGGUGGCUGUUGUAUGCCUCCCUGCUCUACUCGGGCGUGGGCGCCAUUUGCGCCCACCAGGUGGGGAAGAAGCUGAUUGUCGUGAACUUCGGCUUGCAAAAGCACGAGGCCAGCUUUCGGUAUGAUGUGGUGCAAAUUCGUGACCAUGCCGAGUCCAUCGCUCUCUACAACUCAGAGGCAACUGAGGAAAGUCGGCUGAACGGCCGCUUCGAGUGGAUCGUGCGUGUGUGGUGGAUGCUGAUGAGCCACACAAAGCGCCUGAGUUUCUUUCAGUCGUUUUACUACCAGACCUCUGCCAUCUUCCCUUACCUGCUGCUCGCCCCGAGCUACUUCAAAGGUCAGAUCACCCUGGGCACCUUGUUCAUGCUGUUUGAUGCGCUCGCCACAGUCAAGGGCGGCUUUGACUGGUUCCUGGGCAGCUACAGCAUCCUCACAGGAUAUCGCGCAACAGUCGAUCGACUUUCCAACUUUGUGCAGGCGCUUGAAGCGCAAGACUCCUGCAGCGAGGUCAAGCGAAUGCAGAGUCCCGGCGACGCGGUGGCUGCCACGAUUACGGAGCUCAACGUUGCGCUGCCAAGGAAGGGCCGGACCCUAUGGAAAGACGCCCAGCUUCAGAUCCUCUGCGGGGAGUUUGUGCUGCUCUCGGCGCCGGAGGGUAGCGGCAAGAGCUGCUUCUUCCGCGCCAUGGCCGGGCUGUGGCCAGAUGCGAGUGGAGAAGUCUUCCUGCCCGAGAAGACGCUCUUCCUGCCGCAAAAGUCUUACAUCCCUCAGGGCUCGCUGAAACAGGCCAUCACCUAUCCGGCCUGUGCCUCGAGUUUCUCAGAUGAGGAGGUGAUGACUGCCAUGCAGGCCUUGGGCCUUGCGACCCUGGAAGGUCGAAAGUUGCAUGAAGAGGCAGACUGGGCCUUGUUGCUCAGCGGCGGGGAGCAGCAGCGCUUGGCCUUCGCGCGGGCGCUUCUUAGCCAGCCCGAGCUGCUUCUGCUGGACGAAGCCACUAGCGCGCUCUCAGCGGAGGGCUCGCUUGAGAUCUUCGAGAUGCUGCGGAGGCCUGGCAGCCUUCCCAAGGGCGCAGCGGUGGUCACUGUCAGCCAUGACAUUGACCUGCUGAAGCCGGUGCACGACUCCCACUACGUCUACGACGCUGAGACGGGCGGUUGGGCCGUGGCUGGAGGAAACAAGAUAUAACGCAAGGGCCCGGAGCAACGUCCAGGGGC